AUGAUUUCGAACAUUUUCGGUAUGAAGAAAACCGAAUCCAAAUUUAUGCUUAUUCAAGCAACCGCCAUAUUUUCGUCGGUUAUUCAUUUCGAACUUCGUUUUGAACGCGUUGUGGUCGUGACCUGUAGGAUGAAUCGUAAUGGUGGAAAGAAGAAGCCUUUAAAGAAACCAAAGAAGGCAGAAAAAAUCGUGUAUGAAGAUGAUUCGGCGAAUAAUCAGAAGGAGAAAAUUAACGCGAAACUAUUGGAGGAAGCUAAGAAGAAGGCUCAAAAAGGACCACUUGGUGUCGGCAAGAAUAAGAUCACCAGAUAG